AUGCCUACAGCUCUGCUUCCCGCCUCUGCGGCAGCAUUUGCCCCCCGUGGUAAUCCGAAUGUUGUGUUGGGUCGCAAGGUUGAACAAUGGCUCACCCUCACCCUGAAAAGGGUCAACCGCGUCAAGAGACCACUCAACAAUCCAACGCAACACACACGAUGCCUGACAGAAACUCUCUCCUCGCCAAAUGCUAUCUGGACUCUCUGCUCGCUCAUGUUCCCCAAGGCCCCGGACUCGGAACUUCGCAAGGAUGAGAACCCGUUGGUCGAGGCCAUAUUCAAUUAUCAAAUGAUCCAUAUCGAGGCUUAUGUGGUACAUGUUGACAUGGUGUCGCAGAACGAGGUUGCUUUCAAGCUGACUCCGGAAACUAUUGAAUCUCUGGUCGACUUCCAUAAGGACAUCUUCUCCGUCGACACAGCUGCGAGUACCUGGGACUGGCCCGACAAGGAAACUCAACUCAAGAAACUGCAGGAAGAGUUCGUGCAGUCCGCCAACAAGUUCAUCUACCGCACCAAGGUCCAGGCUCUGGAAGGAAUGGAAGAGGAUGGCGCCGGCGAGCUGCUGGGCGGCCGAAGCGAAGAUGCGAAGACUGCCAUCCUCAAUCUUUUCGUCCCUUUACUUCCCCCUCCUCCUCCUCGGGUCGUUGAUGUGGUGAGACCACCUCUUCUACCCAGUUCUACUAUUGCGGAGGAUUGGUGGUCAAGUCCCGUCGAGCAACCCGUCAUGCCGGUAGAAGCUUGGAAAGUGAUACCCUCCAGUCCUAGUCCCGUGUCCUCUUGCGACGCCGCUCCGAACAUGUGGACCACUAUGUCCAUGUCAAUGGCCGAAGCUCAGUUACCGUCUCCGGCACCGUCAUUCAGCCAGCCGUACACCACAGCUCCGUACGACGCAGCUCAAUACUAUAGUGCUCCCGUCACCAUGGCUGCUCUUGCCGCGCUACCACUUCCUAGCAUGUUGAUUCAACCAUGCAGCACGGCAGCAUCAAUGGGUGGAUUCGGCGGUUACAACGAACGUUACCAAGAAUUCCCGGCCUUGUCCUACGGCACAACCAUAAGGCAUAAUGAAGGCGUUAGCGUUUGA